AUGGACGCUAUUCCCGAGUUUGCUGGGGGUGACUUCAGUAAAACACAACAGAAAGAAAAGAGUGUAUUAACGCUGUUAACAUCUACACACCCACCAUCAUUUCUCCAUUUCCUCACUGUUUCUAUCUUUUUCUUCCAUUUUUCUUUCUUCUUUUUUCAGUCUUUUCUUUCUUUUUCGGUUUUUUUUUUGCUUAGCGUUCGCUUCUUCUGUUUCUUUUCAUUUUUCGCUUUUUCUUUCUUUAUUUUCUUUCCGUUUAUUAUUUUCCUUUCUUCGUUUUUUGUUUCUUCCGUUUCUUUCUUUGUUUUUGUUUUUUUUUUAAUCUUUUCAUCGUUUUUGUUUGAUGAGUUCAUUUUCUUCACUUUUCUGGUAGGAAAAAAACAGAAUCUAAGUCAGAUACCAAGUCUCUCUCUCCUUUUUUUCCUAUCUAUCUAUCUAUCUAUCUAUCUAUCUAUCUAUCUAUCUAUCUAUCUAUCUUAG